UAUGUAUGUGUGUGAGCAUGCGUGAGUGUGUGUGUGUGUAUGUGUGGAGAGCGCCUUGGCCGCCCUGUUUCCUGGUGCUCUGCUCCCUGACCCCAGUGGCAGUCUUCCUCCCUGCACUACUCCGCUCUAUUCCUUCUUCUCUCUCCUCCUUCCAGACCGAGGCUGCUCUCCUCCUUUCUUCCUUGUCUUCCUUUUUCCUUCCCUCUCAUUCGCACUCCAGGAAACCUUGAGGGUCGAAGGUGCUGCCCUGCCGCUCACCAGCCUUCCACCUUUGCAAAACCCUUUCCCUCCCCGCUCUCUGUAACCAGCUUUUCGCCACCAUCCUCAUGGAUCGUCUCCUUCCCCAGCACUGAAGGCAUCCUUAGGAAUACACAUCAACAUCCAAGAAAAUAAAAGAGGGAGAGAAGCUCUGGAAAAGAGGGAAUGAGAGAGACGCAGAGGAAAGAGCCCAAACGCCCAGCGUGGAUUCAGAGGAGUGCAGCUACCUUGCCAAGGAGAGUUGUCCACAGAGAAGGGGGGAGCAAGAGUGCCCACCACUAGAUGGGCAUGGACUGACUGCCACGAGGAGAAGUCUGCAGAGUUCAUGAGGAGAUUUUUGAGUUCCAACACUGGCUGAAACACAAUGCCCACCCCCAUCCUUUGCACUGGAAAGUUGUAAAUUGCUCAUGUCUAUAAAGAGGAAGCAUGGCUCAUGGAAUUCCUUCACAAGGCAAAGUUACCAUCACAGUGGAUGAAUACAGUUCAAAUCCAACCCAGGCGUUCACACAUUACAACAUUAACCAGAGCAGGUUCCAGCCUCCACAUGUACAUAUACUUGGUUUUCCAUUGCCAGCAUGGAAGGAACCCUAAUGCAUGAGUUUCAGAGGAGAAGGUAGCAGUCUGAACCUGCUGUGUGGCUCGAUCAGAAAGCGAAACCUGCCAUAUGAAUAUAAAAUAGUGAUAGCUGGAAAUCAUGAACUGACAUUUGAUAAAGAAUUCAUGGCAGACCUUGUUAAACAGGAUUACUAUCGGUUUCCCUCUGUAUCCAAAUUGAAACCAGAGGAUUUUGACAAUGUUCAGUCACUUCUGACAAAUACUAUUUACUUGCAAGACUCUGAGGUAACCGUCAAAGGAUUCCGGAUAUAUGGCGCCCCUUGGACACCAUGGUUUAAUGGAUGGGGCUUUAACUUACCCAGAGGUCAAUCUUUGCUGGACAAAUGGAACCUUAUCCCUGAAGGUAUUGAUAUAUUAAUGACCCACGGACCUCCUCUUGGUUUUCGAGACUGGGUUCCAAAGGAGUUGCAAAGAGUUGGCUGUGUAGAAUUGUUAAACACAGUACAGAGACGCGUAAGACCCAAGCUCCAUGUCUUUGGAGGAAUCCAUGAAGGUUACGGCAUUAUGACAGAUGGUUACACAACAUACAUUAAUGCCUCAACUUGUACAGUCAGCUUUCAACCAACCAACCCGCCAAUUAUAUUUGACCUUCCAACCCCGCAAGGAUCAUGAAGCACUACUGCAGUGGGAAAAGGUCCAUAAACUGCCAUUUUUCUAAUUUAAAAAAAUCCAUUAUCUUAACAUGUUUCUUUACAAAUGAUGUGGGGCUCUCUUUUUUGUAAAUUGUUGGUACAAAAAGAAAAGGUAGAAGUUGUGCUUUUUUUGGAAAUGCAGCAUUCAUUUGAAAUUGAUAAAGCAUUGUGAAUUUGUAAAAUGAAGUUUUAUGUUUUCUUAAUGAACUUGCCAUUGUAAAUUGUUAAUGUUCUCAAAAGGACAGCCAAGCUUUCUUUUAAUGAGUGAGACACCUUAUUUUAUUAUUAUUAAAUAAGCUUAAAAAGGCAGUGUUUGAAGAAAAAAACACCCAACUAUUGUUUGCACAACUAUUGUUUGAUUUUUAAAAAAUUCUAGUGCUAAAUGUGACCCUUUGCCCUUUUGUGUUUCUAGUUUCAUAUAUAUGCUCCCCGAUCCAGAGUUUUGUAUAUCUUUUUAUGCAUACAACCGGCCAUGUAUCCAACAGGGUUAAAUGCACUUAUGCGUAUUAAGAUUAGUAGACUUAAAUGCACCUAACUCUCUUGGGAUAGUAGUCAGAUUCAGAUACCUUUAUUAGGCAUAUACAACACAGGGAGAGUAAAGAGUAAAUCCAGUAGAGAACAGUAAAAGUAAUAUGGUCAGCAGCCAAGGGAACAUAAUUCCAAAUGCGCAUCAAACGUUUGGCUACGAUAUCCGUUAUUUCAGCCUCAGGAUUGCUAAGCAGGAAAAUCAUCUUUGCAUUGAUAGGAAAAUCCAAGAAUCCAACCGAGGUUAAGGCAGAGAAGCCCGGCCUAAAGCUGUUAUACUUAGGGCAGGAGAGCAAGAUGUGUUCAAGGGAGUCAGUGUAAGUAGGGCAGAAAGAACAGUGUUGAUCAUGCUGAGGAAUGUUUAAGAACUGGCCUUGAAGUAAAGACGAUGGAAAGGAAUUGCAUCUUGCUCUUGAGAAUACCUAUCUGAGUUUAUGGUUAGGAAGUUGGUUCAGAUAAUGGGCAACACAGAGCUUUCAGGGAAUAAUCCCAAAGUACAAGGGUGAACAGGAACUCUGUGCCUUGUUCAAAAGAUAUUGAUAUUCCUGCUCAAAUAAUUUGUUUUUUAGUUGAAGAUAAAUCUAAUUGGCAGUGAGCAUGAGCAAGGAGUCCCAGGCAAGGACCAAUGAGAAGAUCUUAGCCUCAAUUAGUAGCCACCAUUCAGAGGUCUGGAGUUCAUACAUCACUAGCUGGACCAAGCUGUUGGAGUUGGAAUGGAAACAGAGGCACACCCAAAAUUUGAAAGUGGCGACCCACACCCUAGUUUCCAGAAGUUGCUCUCCUGCCUCAAGGCAAAGGACUACAUAGGGGACACAGUGUGGAACCCCAAAGAUUUUAUAUAAGAAGCUGGACUAUAACUGUUCAAGCUUGGAUUUCCAUGUGUGGAUCCAUAUAGGAACCCAUACAUUAGAUGUUGAACCACUUUCAUGUUGAAUACUUUCAGGGCCGCUGGGAUGAAUCUGCCACCAUUAAGGGUAAAAAACCUUCAGAACAGCAGCAGAGGCACAUUUCGUACCUUUCAGAGCCUUGUCUCUAUUUUAUAUUUAGCCCAGCCAGGCUUAUGUUGGAAGACAACCCCUAAGUAUUUGAAAGAUCUAAUUUGCUCAAUAACUGAGCCCUGAAUAGACCAGGUCAUAGUAGUCCUGGAGCUGUUUUGAAGGAGGUCGGAUCCCCAUUCAUUUCCAUGGAUGCUGCUCUGCAUUCUUCAGCGUAUGCAUCAGUUAUUUUCAUGGAAGUGAAGGAUGUUGCCCUUCUUGGUCAGAAAGGCCCUUGUAUCCAUCAAAGCUUCUGCACUCACAGCAGAGGUCUAGAUCAGGACAAUGGUCCAUUUUUCCUACUAAUACAUGUGCUGCCUAUUAAUGGUAAUGAAUCAGUGAAGGGAAAACAGAUUUCUAUGUUUAGUUUGUCUCUGCCUACUCUAAUGGUCAAUUAGAUUUCAGCAACGUGUAUGCCAUAAUCUAAAUUGUCACUGUAUUGGUGAGUUGCUUAAAUUAUUUUAGCUUUAAAAAUACGGGGAUGAAAGCUGCAAUAAGCAGGUGUUCCGUGCAGUAAAAACAUGUAAAUGCCGACUCCUUUUAAAUAUCAAUUUUAUAUAUAUGUAUUUUUUGUGCAUUAUAACUAAGCUAGGCAUUUAAUAGUGCCAGUGUAGCAUCUGCAAAAUUAUGCUGUACAGCACAUCUAAAUUAUGAAGGAUGUGACAUGUUUUUUUUUUCCCAAGCGCUCAAGGCCUUCAAGAGCUUGAGUUAAAAUCUUGGUGCAGUUUCAGGCAUGUAUAGAAUCAAAUGAAUACAAUCAAGCCUAUCUAAAAUAAGGCUUUGUUGUCCUUUAUAUUUAAAAUAUUCUUGAAUUGUCUUUCCAUCUCCUUUUUUCCUUAUUUUGCACUGUGUGUAAAUGCAAUCUUGCUAGCACAAAAUAUUGUUGCAGAUAGUUAUUUCUGUUCUACCACUGUAAAUGCUAUUGAGCUUUAUUCUGUUUUAUGUUAUUUUAAUGGAAUUUAGGAAAGCAGUUGUUUCUUUAAAGUUAUUGCGAUAUUAUAUAUCUAGCGGCCUUUAUAUGCAAAUAAAAUUGCAAGAUUUUUAAAUA